CAAUAUCAUUUCUCAAUAAAUAUAAAAAAGAAAAAAAUGUGCUUAUAGGAAAUACAAAAUGAUAAAUAGUAAAUAUUACGUAUGUACAGUAAAAGGGAAAAGUAUUUGGGUAAAAGAAAUAGUAAGGUCCCACCCAUAUUAUUCCAGUAUAAAAAUAAGGCGUUUGGCCAUUUAUGUUUCGGAUCGACACGGAUUAUUGGGCAGAAAAACGUAGGAGCCCUGGGCGUCGCUUGCUUGUAGUUCCUCGUUGGGUCUCUAGUCCAACACCUUUCGGGGAGCAGCUCAAGUCCCCGCCACGCCGCCAACAAAUUCCUGAGCUGCUCGGCCUCCCCAGCUGAUAACCAUCCUAUGCUAUUCUGUACAAGAUGGCGGUUUCGGGCACGGAAAAAAACGGAGUUAAUACGGAAGAUGAACAUCUGAACAACUCACUGACCAAUCCUGGUCUGAUUUCUCCCGACAAAGAAGACAUGACACGCUUGCUGACUGUUCCGUUCAGCGGCCGUAUCAGAGGGGGCAUGAGGCCGGGGAAGAAGAUCAUUGUCAUGGGCAUUGUGGAUCCCGACCCCGAAAGCUUCUGCGUCAGCCUGACGUGUGGGCGUGGCUCGGAGGCGGGGCCUCCCAAAGAUGUAGCCCUGGAGCUCUGUGCACGCUUCGCCGAUAGGCAGUUCCUGCGCCGGGCGUGCAUCUCCGGCGUGUGGGGCGAGGAGGAAGCGGCCAUCGCCUACUUCCCUUUCAUACAGGACCAGCCCUUCAGGAUGGAGGUUCACUGUGAGCACCAGCGCUUCCGCGUCUUCGUGGACGGACACCAACUCUUCGACUUCUACCAUCGCGUGGCCUCCCUCCUGACCAUCGACUCCGUGACGAUACGUGGGAGUUUGCAGAUCACCAAGCUGGGAUAACCCUGCGUUCGGGGCACGCCGGGGGCGAGGUGGGGAGUUUGGGGGGGAGGGGGGUGUUCUCUCACUCUGAGUCUGUUGGACCUGCCGGAGCAUCAACUGUGGUGCCGAGACUGAACCCCCCCUCCCCCUUGACUAAGCUGCACCUCUCAUGCUCUCUCACGCCAGGUGGACCUACGAAAUCCACCGCUCGAUGUUCCCACCCGAAGGGGUGGGGGGGCCGGAGAAUUCACACAAGUGCGUCUCGGUCGAUCGUAUGAAUACAUAAUAAACAAAAUUGAACUUAGUGAGUCUUGACAGGAUGUAUCGUGUGCUAAGUCGUGCCAUACCGCCGGAGAGCUUCCCUGUGGAAAACGACCUUAAAAAAUUACCUGGAAGUGCAUAUAUUAAUCAUUUUUGUUGAAUUAAUAAGUAUAUAGACUCUCAGGAAACAGCUAAAACUGCUUUUAUUUGUAACAUGCAUUACUAAGAUUUUCAGAGAAAGGUAGCGGCGUCAAAGGGAAAGGAUGGGAUGAUUUGGGGAAUUCUGUCUCUCUACAUGGGCAUUUUAAGCUACGAAAUUCGAGGGCUGCCAGCCCUACGGUUGGUCAGGUGACUAAGGCACUUCCAGGUCAGAGUUUUGUAAAUACGGAGUUCUUGAAUUUUGUUCGCCUCGUCCGUUUGACGUAGCGAGCGACGCAGGGGUUGCGUGCGUGCUAACACAGGCAGAAUUUCUUUGGGGGUAAUAACGGAGGUGACCGGUUGACUUUGCCUGGUGGGGGGGGGGGUUCUGCAGUGGGGGCUACGCUGUAUAUUUCAAGUCAGGCGUUCAUGAAGACGCGAGUCGCUGGACAAGAGCUGCCUCGUGUAUGACGGCCUCCCUGUUUCCUCCCAAGACAUACAGGGACGGCACAACAAUAUGCAAUUUAAAACACCUAAAACAGACGACCCUGUGACAAGCUGCACCCUAUGACAGUUGUUACCUUCCUGAACUGCCUGAAUGUAAAAUAUUUGAAUAAAUAUUUUUAAAAGAAACCACAGUAGCUAGCUAAAAUGUAAUAAUUCUGUCACGGCUUUUGAGUAGAACGUAGCAGGCUGCAAAUCACGACAAUAACUGUAGCGUCUUAGUAACUUUUCCCAUUUUUUGCUCGACAAAGAAUUAUAACCCAUUACUGUAUUUUUAGCAGCAUAGCAUCCAGUCGUGAUUUUGUCGAGUUUUUGAUUUUGUUUCUUACCACAAAGAAACGCAGUAAUCUUUUAUUGGCACUUACACUGUUAGAGGUUGGUGACAGUGGCAUAGUAGAUAGAGCUGAGCUGUUAAUUUGUUUGUGUGUUCUUGUGUAGUGUGUGCGGUUUUGUAGGUAUGGAACUUGGUGAAGGCAACCGAUCGGCUGGUGUUUCUCUCGUGCUGUGGUGGCGUCUGAGGUUUUCCGCCCCGCGCACCGCCCGUCCUCCGCCGCCACUUAGGUGGAUCGCCUUUACUCCAGCUUCCCGUAGGCGCUGCCUCGAUGAAGGAUUUGUUUUUUGUUUUUUUUUUUGCGCACAAACAUGCCAGACGGGUCCAGUUUGAGGUGGAGCUAUUGACGUGGAGGGCGAUUAACGUUUACACCCCAGGUGGAAAAUCAGGUUCAUUAGCCACACCAUUAUAAUUAUACCGUGCUGCGGUCCCUUUCCGGUGUUCCAACACUCCACAUUACUUCUAACUGAGCUUGAUUUAAUUUGUUUUGGCUAGUGAACAGUAAGUCACAAUGCAUUAUAUAUUAAUUCCUAAAAUAGAUCAGUUCGGUUACAGUGCAGCUUGGAUCUGCAGAUGUUACAUGAGAACUGAUGAGAUAAAUAUGAUUGAUCACGUCGGCACUGGGGUCAGAGGAGGACCAGUCCAUCCCCAGGAUGGUUUAGGAAGGGCUGAUUAAUACUGGAAGACUUCCAGUGCUAGAAGGCAUUAUGAAGGACUAUAAAAAGCUGCUUCAACAUGCAGUCAGAACUACAUUAAACCUGAAGCAUGUUUCUUAAGCACUGACCAAAUCUAGCUACUAAAGUCCAAAAGUUGGAUAAAGUAUAUGGCACUAUUAAAUCCAGAUUAGUGUGUGUUAGUUUUGCUCGUUAAAUAAUUCUGUUUAACCCAUUUUAGAUCGUUUUAGACAAUUUUACACUAAUUUAUUGACUUUUGAAAAAACUCUUGAGGUACGGUUUUGGUCUGUUUCAAGCAGCCAAUUCAACUGGACGUGAAUGCAGCCCUUUUUGUCCUGGCCUCAUAUGCAAGGUCUGCUUGCAUCUGUUUUCAAAUGCUUCCAAUAAAAAGACUGAAGGAUUAUGAUGAAGGAAAUGCUGAAUUGCAGCGCUGCUAAAACCGUUAGCUGUCUGGCUCUGAAAGGGGGAGUUCAGACGGACGUCGCCGUUUCCUGAUUGAGACCAAACCUUUCCGUGGUCGUCUCCAUGGCCACAGUGUUCGAAUGCUAAACAGGGUUACGGACUGACGGCAUCAGUGUGGUGUUUUGUACCGAGCGAGCGCGCUUCAUAAUUGGACAAUGGUGUACUGUGUUCCCCAAACGAUUUUUUUUUAAACAAUGGUGUUUUUUUUUUUUUUUUAGUCAGUUGAGUUUACGUUUGCUUAGUGACACUAAUGCUGUUCCUGCUCUGUAAACAGGUCCAACACACAUGUUAAGGCCAAAAUCUUUUUUUUAUUUAAGAACGUAUUCAUCAAGGGUACGAUGUAAGCAUCGCCCUGUGUCAUUGUCAUUUGUCAUUGUCACUUGUCUGCUUGUUUAUGAGAAGUUUCAUAUAAUCACUGCAUCAUCUGUGAUAUCUUAACUAAUUUGUGUGGCGUUCACAAUGGUGGAAAAACAUCUCCCGAAUUUGCGUACCAGUUGAGUUAAACAAUAUUUCUUUCUAUGUUUUGUCUAGAGUUUAUGGUUGUUGUAAUUAUUGAGUUUGCAGUUUUAUCAUAGCUAAUCCAUAUUGUCUUGAUGUCAUUGAAAAAAAUUAUUGUUUCUGGACUACAUGGAAAAACAUCGCACGCCUUCCAGCCUUCCCAGGGCGGGUGGUGAUUCUUACUUUUGUGCACGAGACCACAGAAAUCAGGCAUUCAGGUUUUCUGUGCGAAAAGUGUGUGCGCCCAUCCUGCACCCCCCAUCCCGCUUGUGCGGCAGCAGGAUCGUGAUCCUCAGUCUUACAUCAUCUAAAUGAAGGACAAGUCCAUAUUUCUGAAAGAAAGCUUUUGGGGAAUGUCUGUGUUGGUGAGUUUCAUAUUGCGUUGAAAUGUGUUGUUUUUUGUUUUUUUUUCUCUUCGAAUUUAUGAACUAAUAAACAUAUCAAGUGGAAGUCUUGGUGGCGUGAAUCUCCUUUCUGAAGCCACUAAUCCGUGCAAGUUGGACAAGUGGCCUGUUUCAGAACAAGAAGACCUCGGUGUGGCCACUUUUUCUGGAAUGUGGGAUGCUUCAGUGUCUCAUUUGCUUCGGAUCAAGCAGCCAGCUUUUUGGUGUUUGACGGGAUCCUCGCAGGUGACACACGACAGGCAGCUCAAGGCUUACUGGACUAAAAGUUGACUGAAGAAUGUCAAUGAGCUUCAUGGGAACCCGGAAGGUCUGGAUCAUGCAAACUGCCAAUGAUGGCUCAGGACCUGGAAAUUGCUCUGCUGUUUAUGAAGCCUGGAUUUGUCAUUCAUCCAUGGACGGCAGUGCUUUGAUGUUUGCGCUUUGUGACAUUGUGCAGGACAUGAUUACUGGAUAUUUUAAGUGCCCUAUUCAAAGCCAUACAUUGGCCAUGUUAACAGAUUCAGUCAGAGGCUGAUCAUAAUAUCGGUUUGACAGCUAGUUUGACUAGAGACAGGAAAUCUUCUGUGAAGGAGGCAACUGUGAAUGACUGUGUUUAUAGGGGCUAUAUAAACAAGGGUGCAAAAAUUCAUUGUCGCCUCACUGGUCACAGUUCAGUUUGGGCUAUUAUUGAAUCACUCCUCAUUUUAAAAAAAUUGUAAGUAGUUUAGCGGAAUUGACUAAAGCACUGUACUCUACUGAGUUCUCAGACCAGAAAUUUCCUAGAAAUGAGGUUUUCGAGCAUCUAUUAAUAGGCUGGCAGAGUGGAGAAGAAGAAUUUAACUAAUAUGUUAUUAUGCUUUAUAUUUAACUUUGGGUCUUUGGAUAUUUUAAGAUCGCCGAGAGAGAGGACAGUAAAAUGAAUUCGUAAUUUGGUGGUGAAAAACAUAUAAUGUAUGCAGAUAUAAGAUAAGGUUUCGUUCGGUCUCACGGUGACCGUGAAGUAGGGACGUCUUUCAGUGGGAUGUUGGGAUGCCACACAUCGCCCGCGGGGGGUGGUAGAGUCCCUGAAAGGAACCCACAUAAUCACACAGAGGGUUGGGACAGGGAUUUCACCCGCAGUGGUGGGGGGGGGGGGUGGUACUGAAUCACCAUGUUACAUCACCAGUUACUUACCAAUCACGUCACACAAAUGCGCUUUAUUUUCCCAUAACAGAGAAGUUCAGCAAUAAAUGAUACAGAUUCUGUAUAUUAAGGGUAACUUUCUGUGAGUUAUGCUCCUAUUUGCCUGGAUCUGAGGUCUGUCGCCACAUU